AGUGGUUUGCCGGUUAUUACUCGGAACGUUUCCAGCCCUUCUUUCCUGGUGAAGUAUUAUUUCCGAAAGACGGACCGAAAGUGCAAGGAAUAACAUUGUUAAAAAGCAACCUUUUUUCUGAAUAAUAUUGCACAUCAUUCAGUUUAAUUUAAAUCCCUAAAUGCUCAAUGAAAACUACAAGCUCAAAAUAACAGUAUUCUUUCAUUCGCAGGGCUUUCAUCAUCAGCUGUAACGGAUUGGCAAUUUUUGAACAAAACUCUUACUAUUCUCUACCGCAUAACACUAACUCUAGCCUCUGCCGUAGACUGAUAUCAUAUUUAUCGAUUUCAGCAAGGAAAGUGCAAGUUCAAUCCACAUUUUGCCAUCGCCAGCAUCAGUGAUUGGGCCAUCAUGCCGAAGAAUGAGGAGGCGCUGGCAUUUGCCGUGUGGAAGAUCGGUCCAAUUGCGGUCAGUUUGAACGCAGCUCCGAAGUCGUUUCAGCUCUACACAGCCGGAAUCUACGACGAUGCGGUGUCCUGUGACAGCACAAAGGUCAACCAUGCAAUGCUGCUGAUAGGCUACACGCCCACCUAUUGGAUACUGAAAAAUUGGUGGGGCGGUUGGGGCGAAGGUGGCUUCAUGAAACUGGCUCGCGGCAAAAACAUGUGCGGUAUCAGUAACUUUGCCGCGUACGUCACUAUCAAAUAAA